AUGGGAAACUGUUUGAGGAACAACAAGAUUUCAGCACAGGAUCAUGAGAACUAUGAUGCCCCAGUGGCGGAAGCAAAGGUUCAGAAGGUAAAGGCACUUCCGAUGUUGUCCAAGUUGGAACUACCAAGGUUGGAACAAAGCAUGAAGAAGAAGGUGAAGUUCAUGGUGCAAAAUGGUGGUACUUGUGAAGGAGAAAGAGGGUGUGAUGGUAAUUAUUGUAGAAGUGGGAGUGUGAGGAUUAGGGUGGUGAUGACUCAGGAAGAGUUGAAAAGGAUUCUGAGGUGCAAGGAUGAAGCUCAGCAGCAGACUUCAUUGGAGCAAUUGUUGCAUGCUGUGAAGUUGAGAGGAGGAAGGAUUUCAGAAGUUGGUGGUGAGUAUGAUGAUGAGGGAAUGAAUUCUUGGAAGCCAUCUUUAGACAGUAUUCCAGAGGAUUGCUUCAUGAACUUAAAGUAG